CCCGCCCCACCCGGCGGCAGCGCCGCUACCACAGCAGCAGCCGUGGUGCUGCUCGCGCGGGACGCCGACUGCUGAGGGGGCGGCUGCGGGUUGAGGCGCCGGCCAGAGCGGGGGUCGCCGCGGGACUAGGCCGCCGGACGCCGCGGCCGAGGGUCUGGACUGCGGGCUGCGGCCGGGACGCUGGCGCAGCGCGGCAUGAGGCGGAGGUCUCAGACUGUCAGCUCCCUAGUAGAGCCCUCAGUAGGAUUGGAUGAAUAAUACACGCUGAGUGCCAAACGUGCUAUCGCCUGGCUGGCAGCAGAUGGUUGUACAGUCUGUGGAAGGUAAAGGCCCACCACCUGCUGGCCAGUGGGGCUGGAGUCUUUGGAGGAGCCCACAGGUCAUGCACAGAGGAGCCUAGUUCCCCAACCAGGGUGAAAUUGCCCCCCUGCAGAGGAAACAUGAAGUCUUCGCCACUGAACUGCCAGGGGAGUCCUGAUAUAUAUCUUUCUUGUCCAGUUUUGUUUUACUCUUUAAGGUUAAGGUGACGGCGUCAGUCGGAUCCACAGCCCUCCCCCUGCCCCACCUGUCCGGGGCGCCAAGAGUGGGGACAUGGAGGAGAGUAAGAACGAGGCCACGAAUCGGGCCCACGUCCUCUUUGACCGCUUCGUGCAGGCCACCACCUGCAAGGGGACCCUCAAGGCCUUCCAAGAGCUCUGCGACCACCUGGAACUGAAGCCUAAGGACCACCGCUCCUUUUAUCACAAGCUCAAGUCCAAGCUUAACUACUGGAAAGCCAAGGCCCUCUGGGCAAAGCUGGACAAGCGGGGCAGCCACAAAGACUACAAGAAGGGAAAGGUGUGCACGAACACCAAGUGUCUCAUCAUUGGAGCCGGCCCCUGUGGUCUCCGCACAGCCAUUGAUUUGUCCUUGCUGGGAGCUAAGGUGGUCGUCAUUGAGAAGCGAGACGCCUUCUCCCGCAACAACGUCUUGCACCUCUGGCCGUUCACCAUACAUGACCUGCGAGGUCUGGGUGCCAAGAAGUUCUACGGCAAGUUCUGUGCUGGGGCCAUCGACCACAUCAGUAUCCGUCAGCUUCAGCUGAUACUUUUGAAAGUAGCCUUGAUCCUAGGCAUUGAGAUCCACGUCAAUGUGGAAUUCCGAGGACUUGUGGAGCCUCCUGAGGAUCAAGAAAAUGAACGGAUAGGUUGGCGGGCCCUGGUGCAUCCCAAAACGCACCCUGUGUCAGAAUAUGAGUUUGAAGUGAUCAUCGGUGGGGAUGGCCGCAGGAAUACCUUGGAAGGAUUUCGUCGGAAAGAAUUCCGUGGCAAAUUGGCCAUUGCCAUUACAGCGAAUUUUAUUAACCGAAAUACAACAGCAGAAGCCAAAGUGGAAGAAAUCAGUGGUGUGGCUUUUAUAUUCAACCAAAAAUUUUUCCAGGAACUGAGGGAAGCCACAGGGAUCGACCUGGAGAACAUUGUCUACUACAAAGAUGACACACACUACUUCGUUAUGACCGCCAAGAAGCAGAGCUUACUGGACAAAGGGGUGAUACUGCAUGACUACGCCGACACGGAGCUCUUGCUCUCCCGGGAGAAUGUGGACCAGGAGGCCCUGCUGAGCUACGCCCGGGAGGCAGCCGACUUCUCCACCCAGCAGCAGCUGCCGUCGCUGGACUUCGCCAUUAACCACUACGGGCAGCCUGACGUGGCUAUGUUCGACUUCACGUGCAUGUAUGCCUCCGAGAACGCGGCCCUGGUGCGGGAGCACAAUGGACACCAGCUGCUGGUGGCUCUGGUGGGGGACAGCCUCCUGGAGCCUUUUUGGCCGAUGGGAACAGGAAUAGCCCGGGGCUUUCUGGCUGCUAUGGACUCUGCCUGGAUGGUGCGCAGCUGGUCUCUGGGGACGAGUCCCUUGGAAGUCCUGGCAGAGAGGGAAAGCAUUUAUAGGUUGCUGCCUCAGACCACCCCUGAGAAUGUGAGCAAGAACUUCAGCCAGUACAGCAUCGACCCUGUCACCAGAUACCCCAACGUGAACGUCAACUUCCUCCGGCCGAGCCAGGUGCGCCAUCUGUAUGAUACUGGAGACACAAAAGAUGUUCAUCUGGAGAUGGAGAACCUUGUGAAUUCCCGAACCACCCCAAAGCUGGCCCGCAACGAGUCUGUGGCUCGUUCCAGCAAGCUGCUGGGAUGGUGCCAGCGGCAGACAGACGGCUAUGCUGGGGUGAACGUGACGGACCUCACCAUGUCGUGGAAGAGCGGCCUGGCCCUGUGUGCCAUCAUACACCGAUACCGCCCUGACCUGAUAGAUUUUGACUCUUUGGAUGAGCAGAAUGUGGAGAAGAAUAACCAGCUGGCCUUCGAUAUUGCUGAGAAAGAGCUGGGCAUUUCUCCCAUCAUGACAGGCAGAGAGAUGGCCUCGGUGGGGGAGCCGGACAAGCUGUCCAUGGUGAUGUACCUGACCCAGUUCUACGAGAUGUUCAAGGACUCGCUCCCCUCCCGAGACGCUUCAGACCUGAACGCGGAGGAGAGGGCUGUCCUAAUAGCCAGCACCAAGUCCCCUAUCUCCUUCCUGAGCAAACUCGGGCAGACCAUUUCUCGGAAGCGCUCCCCCAAGGACAAGAAGGAGAAGGACUUGGAUGGCGCUGGGAAGAGGAGGAAGACCAGCCAGUCAGAGGAGGAGGACACGCCCCGCGGCCACAGAGGAGGGAGGCCCACCCUGGUGAGCACGCUGACCGACCGGAGGAUGGACGUGGCCCUCGGCAACCAGAACAAAGUGAAGUACAUGGCAACCCAGCUGCUAGCCAAGUUUGAGGAGAAUGCGCCCCCACAGUCUGUGGGUGUGAGGAGACAGCUGACACAGGAGCGUGGGGUCAGCCAGCCGUCCAGCUGCCUGCCUGAGCAGGGUCGCUCUGCUCCCACCCCCCAGUGGAAACAGCGACGGGACAAGCAACGUUCUCGGACCUGCCCCAAAAAAGUGAUCACCCUCUCUCCUCCCCCUACUCCGCCUCCCUGUCGGGCACGUGGCGGCCAACAGACACACGGGGAUCUUGAUGCCGACAGCUGUGGCAAGCAGAGCCCCCAGCACGAGAGGCCAGAACCUGAGCCUUCUCGUCGAUUUUUUGUCGAUCAGUGGGAGCUUUCCCUAAGCCUCCGCUCCGCCAGCCGCCCUGCUUCUCCCUCCUCCGACUCCCUCCGACAGAAGUAUAUAAAGAUGUACACGGGCGGAGUGAGCUCAUUGGCUGAGCAGAUAGCCAAUCAGCUUCAAAGGAAAGAACAACCCAAAACCCUUCUAGACAAGAAGGAACUGGGCUCCAUAAAGAAGGAGUUCCCGCAGAACUUGGGAGGCAGCGACACCUGCUAUUUCUGCCAGAAGCGGGUCUAUGUGAUGGAGCGGCUGAGUGCCGAGGGCAAGUUCUUCCACCGGAGCUGCUUCAAGUGCGAGCACUGUGCCACCACCCUGCGCCUGUCAGCCUACGCCUACGCCCUCGAGGACGGUAAAUUCUACUGCAAGCCACACUACUGUUACCGGCUGUCCGGCCCUGCGCAGAGGAAGAGACCGGCAGGGGCGCCUCUGUCUGGAAAGGAGGCCCGGGGACCCCUGCAGGACAGCCCGGCCGCAGACGCCAGCGGACGGCCCAGCACCAGUGCCAGCCCUGCUGAGAGAAGCCCAGGCCCAAGCGUGAAUGGCCUAGAGGAGCCUAGCGUCGCCAAGAGACUGCGGGGCACCCCGGAAAGGAUCGAGCUGGAAAACUACCGGCUGUCGGUGCGGCAGGCGGAGGGGCUGGAGGAGGUGCCUGAGGAGACGCAGGCCGAGCACAACCUGAGCAGCGUGCUGGACACGGGGACGGAGGAGGACGCAGCCAGCAGCAGUUCGGAGUCAGAGAUGGAGGAGGAGGAGCCCCCGCUGCCCACCUCGGACCUGGGCGGCGUUCCCUGGAAGGAGGCCGUGAGGAUCCAUGCGCUCCUGAGAGGGAAGAGUGAAGAGGAGCUGGAAGCCUCCAGGAGCUUCGGGGCCGGGGAGGAGGACGAGGAAGACGAGGAGGAGGAGGAGGAGGAGGAAGAGGAGGACGAAGAGGACGAGGAGGACGAGGAGUCUAGUGAAGUCGGGAGCCCGAGGAGGCUGCAGCAGCUGCUGAACCUGGCCGAUCCCCUGGAGAUCCAGGCCGACGUGCACUGGACGCAUAUUCGUGAGAACCAGGAGGAGCAAGCAGCACUGGCGCCCGAGUCCCCCCUUCCUGGAGUGCCUGGCCUCCCCUCCGUCCGCCGUGCAGCAGUACAGGCCUGGCUGGAGUCGGUCUCCGGAGUCCCAUUCGAUGAGGAUGACCUGGAAGGAGAUGUGGACUCAGAACCAGCAGAGAUCGAAGGGGAGGCAGCAGAGAAUGGGGACGCAGGGGACACUGGCGCUGAGCUGGAUGACGAUCAGCACUGGUCGGACGACAUCCCGUCCGAGGCCGACACGGAGCUGCACCGGCCAGCAGUGGGAGCAGAGCUGGAGCUGAGGGUGUCGGACGGCGAGGAGGAGCUACGACCAGCCUCAGCAGGGCACCCAGAGAGAGGUCCCUCCCGAGUCUCCAGCCCCACCCGGUCCCCUGAGGAGCCCACAGGCCUGUCCUCCCCAGCCCGCAGCCCCGGGGCACAGAGCGCCCAUACCCACCUUGCCACUGUGGCCACCAGGGUAGGGUCACCCGCCGAGAGUCCUCUGCUGGAGCCCUCGACCCCGCCAGCGGAGCCUGAAGCUCGCCCUCCCAUCCGAUCACAGCCUGAAGCCAGGACGCCGCCCUCGCCUGCCAGCCCCCAGCGCCAGUCCCCACCCGCCCCACUGCCCAUCUGCUCCCAGCCUCAGCCGUCCCCUGAGGCCACCGUGCCAUCCCCCACCCUGUCCCCCAUCCGCUCCCAGCCCGUGCCGGCCAGAACCUCCACCCCUCUGGCCCCCCUCCCCGUGAAGAACCAAGGGGUCACCAAGGACACACUGGGCAGCCCCCUCCCUGGGGACGAGGCCCUGAAACGCAGCGACCUGGUGGCUGAGUUCUGGAUGAAGAGUGCCGAGAUCCGCCGCAGCCUGGGGCUCACGCCCGUGCGCCGGAGCCCGGGGUCUGAGCCUGCCUUCCAGUCCCCUCCCCUGAAGGCCUAUCCAGCAGAGAAGGCCCCCCAGAGCGAGGGGCUCCGGCUCCUAAAACCCCCAUCUGUCCCCAGGAAACUGGGGCUGCCCACCGCCGAGGGUGCCCAACCCUGCCCGCCCACCCCUGUGUCCCCACCCGACAGGGAGCCGAAGGGCCCCCGGGAGGAGCACAGAGACCUGUCCAGCAGCUCAGGGCUGGGCCUGCAGGGUAGCUCCUCCCGCACCAGGACACCGGGCAGCCAGAGCUUCAACACCUCUGACUCCACCAUGCUCACGCCCCCUUCCAGCCCGCCACCCCCGCCUCCUGAUGAGGAGCCCGCUACCCUUCACAAGAAGCCAGCCCUGGCAGGGCAGCCUGUGGCCUCGACACCCACACCCCCGGCUGCCUGCGUGAGGCCCCCGCGGGAGCCCGCCCAGCCCCCCCAAGAGGAGGCACGGAAGUCUUUCGUGGAGAGCGUGGAUGAGAUCCCCUUCGCAGAUGACGUGGAGGACACAUAUGACGACAACACGUGUGAUGACCGCACGGAGGACUCGAGUCUGCAGGAGACCUUCUUCACACCCCCCUCCCACUGGCCCCACCCCAAGCCACCCUUGGCUGCAGAGAACGGCCGGGGGCCGGAGAGUGGGGUCCCAUUGCAGAAGCGGGGGCUGCCGCUGGUCUCGGCCGAGGCCAAGGAGCUGGCGGCCGAGCGCAUGCGGGCUCGGGAGAAGUCGGUGCGGAGCCAAGCACUGAGGGACGCCAUGGCCCGGCAGCUGAGCAGGAUGAAGGAGAUGGACGUAGCGGCUGCAGCCCCUGGGACCCCCAGGACCCCCGCACCCCGCAGAGCCGCUGCUGUGCCCCCCAAGGGCCCCGAGGAGCCUGCCCCGAGGCAAGAAGCCACAAAUGAGGAGGUGCUGUCCCCUCCCUCAGACUCAGGGGGCCCGGAUGGCUCGGUCACCUCGUCAGAGGGCUCCAGCGGGAAAAGCAAGAAGAGGUCAUCCCUCUUCUCUCCUCGGAGAAGCAAGAAAGAGAAGAAGCCCAAGGGCGAGGGCCGGCCCCUGGAGAGGCCUAGCCCCGGCACUCUGGAGGAAGUGGCCGCCAAGCCCAGGUCUCUGUGGAAGUCCGUCUUCUCCGGGUACCGGAAGGACAAGAAGAAGAAGAGCGACGGCCGAUCUUGCCCCAGCACCCCUUCCAGCGGGACCACAGUGGAUGCCGGCAAGCCCAGGGCAUCUCCCGUCUCAAGAGCAGGUCGCCGGGGGGUGGGCCCGCUGCUCACGAUCUGCUCGGCCCUGCCUCCAGAGCUGCGGACCCGGCGCCAGCUGAGCUGCUCGGAGGACUCAGACCUCUCCAGCGAUGACGUCCUCGAGCGGACCUCCCAGAAGUCCAGAAAAGAGCCGAGAACUUACACUGAGGAGGAGCUGAAUGCCAAGCUGACCCGACGGGUGCAGAAGGCAGCUCGGAGGCAGGCCAAGCAGGAAGAGCUGAAACGGCUGCACCGCGCCCAGAUCAUCCAGCGGCAGCUGGAGCAGGUGGAGGAGAAGCAGCGGCAGCUGGAGGAGAGGGGGGUCGCCGUGGAGAAGGCGCUGCGUGGGGAAGCAGUUGAGCCCAGUGGCGGGACUCCACGGCGUAGACCUCUCUCCUUCUGCCCUUGCUGUGUCCAGGAAGGCAUGGGCAAGAAGGAUGACCCCAAGCUGAUGCAGGAGUGGUUCAAGCUGGUGCAGGAGAAGAACGCCAUGGUGCGCUACGAGUCGGAGCUGAUGAUCUUUGCUCGGGAGCUGGAGCUGGAGGACCGGCAGAGCCGGCUGCAGCAGGAGCUCCGCGAGCGGAUGGCGGUGGAAGACCACCUGAAGACGGAGGAGGAGUUGGCAGAGGAGAAGAGGAUCCUGAACGAGAUGCUGGAGGUGGUGGAGCAGAGAGACGCCCUGGUGGCCCUGCUGGAGGAACAGCGGUUGCGGGAGAAGGAGGAGGACAAGGACCUGGAGGCCGCCAUGCUGUCCAAGGGCUUCAGCCUGCACUGGUCCUGAGCACCCGCCCAAGCCUGGCUGGUCUGUCCACUGCCUGAGCCGGGCUGCUUCUCCCAGAUCCCCCUCCCGGACCCCAGGUCUGAGUGGGCCUGGCGCCUCCGGGGAAUUUGCACUCAGGUCCACGUGGCUCUGAGAAGGGUUCAGGCACCUGAGCUAUGGGGAGCCCUGGGUGAAGCUGGUUGUCCAACGGCUCAGCCUCCUUGGAGGAAGUCCCCUGCCCACCCACUCCAGAGCGCGAGAGUGUAGGGGCGUGCCCAGGAAAGGUGUCUGGGAGGACGCAGUGACCACGCUUCCCUGGCACCAUGCAGAAGUGGAUGAGAAGCCCAGCUCACACCCCAGGCCUCUCCUGGCUGUGCCCUGCGGCUGCUGCAUUUGCUUUUAAUUCACAACACUGGAAAAUACUGACUGGGGUCAGGCAGGGACCCGAGUUCUGGCCCCGCCAGCAGGCUGGCCUUGUCAUGGACGCCUCGUGGCGGGUGGGAGGCUGUCCUCCAUGCCUGGUUCCUGUGCUUGCACCAAACAAGGCUUACAGCCUGGGAGAUGCAGCCUCUGGGGACCCUCUUUGUCAAUUAACUUAUUUUUUUAUACUUGAAGAGAAGCAGCUUCACUUUUGUAUCUUUACUGGGACCCUGAUGCCCUGGCACCCGGGUCGGGGUGUGGACCUGGGUCCCAUCUGACUGUGCUGCCCUCCAUUCAUCACCCCCUUCUUCCUGGGGCUGACCGGAGCCCUCCUGUCAGAGAGACCCUGUGUGGGCCCCAAUGCGCUGCUCCCAUCCCCUGUGCCUGGCCCCAGGUGUCCACGUCUGCACCGCUCACUCAUCAAGAAUGUACUUGAGCUGCUGGAGGCCAGGCCGCGGGCCAGGUACCGCUCAGAAUCCUCCCUGUUGAAAUCCCGGGUCCAUGGGACCUGUGUUUUUCUCCGUUUUGGAGCCAAGGUCUCAUCUCCCACGUUGACUGAAGACGGUUUAGGCUGUGGCACCAGCGUGAGGGACCCUGCUUGGUGAGGCCCGGACCCAGCAACCGGAGCUGCGGUGACAGCACUCAGACGGAACUCUGGUCGGGAAGUCACACACACACACACAAACACACACACGGCAGCUUCUGCCCAGCUCCCUGCUCACGCCUCUUCGUGGGGAGGCACUCUCGGGCCGUGGUUCAGCCAGAGGCUGACCGUGUCCAGCUCCCAGAAUCUGCAGUGGCCGUACCCGUCUGCAGAGGAGCUCGGUCGGUGCCAGGCCGGUCCCGAGACCCUCCAGCCCGCCUGGUGGAGCAGGACCACACGCUGGAAAGGGAGGCUGUAGGGGCAGGAUGAGGGGCAUCCAUACCAGCCUCGGAACGUCCUUGGGGAACCACAUCGUGCCUCAACUUGAACACAUUCAUUCUCACGCAAAGGAGCAGAGAACUGUCUUCUUGAGUCUGUCCCAAAGCUGUCAUCUGUCACCCCCUGGAAUCCAGGGGGCUCGUGGCUCUGACCCUCACUUCCUGCUUGUUGAGGCAGAGCCUCUAUUUCUGUUCUCCUUUCUUAACAGGGGAGCAGAGGGUGUUCUAGAUUCCAUCUUUAAACCCCAGCCUUCCGAUAAAACUGGGCUUGGGACAGGAUUCAUCGCCUGUGUGGCCUUUGCCAACCCUUCCCACCCACCACCCGGUGCACCGUGACUGCCAGGCCCGUCCACCCAGGACGAGGACGCGUUUAUGAAGUAGCCAGAAGGGACGCGGCACUGCCCUGCGGAAGCGCACCAUGCCUGCCGACAUGAGGAAGGCCUGGAGCUGCAGAGAAGCUCAGAAAUGCUCCCCAGCUCCCUUCCGCGGUGCUGCGACUUCAGGUUCCAGUGGAGCACUUUUUCUGAACGCUCCAUUUCAUAACCACUAGUGUGCAGGUUGUCGUAGUGCCUGCUGACAGGCUGCUGCAGUUUCCAGCUCUGGGGAUGCACAGCUCCUGUCUCGUCCCCACGCGGGCAGGGCCGCAGGAAGUCUCCCUCUGCAGCGCUGGGUGUGGGUGAGCCCACGCCACAGCCGAGGGCUCAGCCUGCUCAGAUGGCGUCUUCCAGCCUUCGCCCCAGGAGCCAUCCUCCAGCUGCCCUGACCAGCAAUGAGAGGCUAUUCCCGAUCUUUUCAAAGAGCAGGAUUUUUUUCAGUAGGGCAGAAAGUGGAGUUUACAGAAAACAACUUUAGAGGUGGAAACAACUGACCUACAAAGGGGAAUGGGCCAUUUUAUGCGCAAUAAAAGUUUCUAAAAGGAA